GACGUUUUCUUAAAUUGCCAAAAUCCGCAGUGUACCCAAAACACAUUCUUAAGAAAAGAAAAGAAGAAGAAGAAGAAGAAGAAGAGGAGAAAGGGCAGCAACGGCCGAGCGGCACCUAGUGUCGUUCCUUUCGCACGCACAAUCAUUUUUUGUCCUUCUUCGUGCUGAAGCAGAGAUGGCGACAGGAGUAGAGGCGUCCGCUGUUGUCGAAAAACCAAAGGAAGAGGAUCCGCCAACGGUGGACGAAGGCGAAGACGAAGACGAGGACGAAGACCUCUCUUUCUCAUCGGAAUCUGAAAUCGGAGAUGCAUUGGACUGGUUGGACUCGAAGGACGACUUGGAAGAUGCGGAUGGAGCUGCUUUUACCCUCCACGCGAGGCGUCCAAACGCUCACGGAGGGCUUCUCUCUCGCCCUCAGUCGUCUCCGCUUCAGCCGCUCUCGAAUCGGAACCAAAGGUUCUCCAACCACAUCAAGGACUCGCCUUUGGAGGAGUGGGAGGGGAGGUUGAAUAUUGGCAUGUCAAAUUCCGUGGCAACUGCAAUUCGUGAAAGUGUUCGAGUGAUGGCCAUUGGUAAAACGAGAACUACUGACAAAGCAGAUCGUGCAACUGUGGAACAGGCAAUUGAUCCUAGAACUCGUAUGGUUCUAUUCAAAAUGCUGAAUCGAGGCGUAUUUCAUGAUAUUAAUGGCUGCAUUUCAACUGGGAAAGAAGCAAAUGUUUAUCAUGCAACAAAAUCUGAUGGUCAGGAGCUAGCAAUUAAAGUAUACAAGACUUCUAUUCUUGUAUUUAAGGAUAGGGAUCGUUAUGUACAAGGAGACUACCGCUUUAGAUAUGGAUACUGCAAGCAUAAUCCUCGGAAGAUGGUUAAAACUUGGGCUGAGAAAGAAAUGAGGAAUCUUUUGAGGCUGAAGGCAGCAGGAAUCAGGUGCCCAACUCCACUGCUUUUGAGACUUCAUGUUUUGGUCAUGGAAUUCAUAGGAAAGGCUGGUUGGGCUGCUCCUCGACUUAAAGAUGCUGCUUUAUCAUUGGACAAGUUACGAGAAGGUUAUGUGGAGAUGAUUGUGGCAAUGCGGACAUUAUAUCAGAAGUGCAAAUUGGUCCAUGGAGACCUCAGUGAAUAUAAUAUCCUCUAUUUUGACGGUCACUUGUAUAUCAUUGAUGUUUCUCAAGCAGUUGACCUUGACCAUCCUCGUGCCCUUGAUUUUCUUCGUGAAGAUUGUGUUCAUGUUUCUGAUUUCUUUAAAAAACAUGGGGUAGCUGUUAUGACUAUUCGGGAACUGUUUGAUUUCAUUGUUGAUCCAUCCAUUGCUGAUGAAUCCGUGGACAGUUAUUUGGAGGAGGUUCAACAACGAAUUGUUUCUAGAGUAGUUUCUCAGGAAGAUGAAAUUGCAGAUUCUGUAUUUAUGCAGACAUUUAUUCCGAAGACACUAGAACAUGUGAAGAAUGUGGAGGAGGAUGUAAUCCGGUUAACAAGUGGCAAGGACACUGGAGACAUGUAUUAUCAGACUAUUACUGGACUGAAGCAGGCUCUUUCUAUGGUUCAACGAUCCCCUGCUCACAAUGAUCAGGAACAUGGGGACGCGGACGGUAAAGAAAAGCACCUCACCAAUGCAACUGAUCAUUCAAACUCAGUUGAAGGCGAAACAGAAUCCGAAACAGAUGGAGAUGAAGAAAACCCAAGUGACUCAGAAGGGCAGGAGUCUGCAUCUGAUACCGAGGCACAAGCACCUGUUGAUAAAAAAACUGCCAGGAAAGAGAACAAGAAAAAAGUUAAAGAAGAGAAGAGGGAGGCUAGGAAGAACAAAGUGCCAAAGGCUGUGAAGAAAAGAAAGAAGAAGUUGGCCAAAGCUAAGAAAACAAGGUAGGAAGUUACAUUUAUCGGUAGGGAUGAGAAUUUUUUUUUUCUCCAGGGAAUUCAUUGCCUAUUGAUUAAAAAAAAAAAAAAAAACAAUUUUGGCAUCUGGGGAAAUACUUGCUUUGGGCAGCCAUUUUUCUGUUUAUAUAUUUAAAUUUUGUUUCGCCUUUUAUAUUAUGUGGUCACUUUUAAAUUUAAUUGUCAAGUUUUCCUCUAGGACAAUGCUUGUCAAAAGUUCACAUUUGAUUUC